AAAAGUUUGAAGUGGGAGUAGCUAGACCCAAAGGAAUUUCGGUUUUUUUUAUUGUUUUCUAUAAUUGACAGAUAAUUUUAGGUUAGAACGGAUGUGGCAAAUGAAACUAUUUUUUAAUUAUGCUCAGCACAAUUGAAACAAAACGUUGGCUUAUCAGUAUUUGUUAUAAUGACUAACACCUGAACGAACCUUUGCUCUUGUAACAAAAAGGUUUUAAGUAUUUAUAUAUAAAAUGGCAGUAGAUACUGAAUCUUCGGUAAUAAACUGGUCAGCUGAGCAAACCAAAAUCUAUUUAAAAAACGAAGGUCUUUCGGAACAAAGCCUUAUAAUAUUAUGUGAAGAAAAUGGAGUAGAUGGAAAAUGUUUGCUACUUUUGAAUGAUAGCGAUUUUGGCCAAGAUCCAUUGAACAGAUUAAAUUUAAAAGACAGAAAGUGCCUUUAUUUACUAUGCAAGUUAUUACAGAGGGAAAAUCAAAAUACUCUUCAAACACUUGGUAUUUUAGAACAACAUUGUCAUACUUACACAUGCCAAAAUCAUUAUAUUAAAACCGAAAGUGAAUACGGAGAUUCUGAAAGAAUAUCUCCGCCUUUAUCUGAAGAUGGCAAACCGAAGUAUCCACCUGAGAAAAGAAAAGCAUUUUUGAGCUUUAUGUACGUAGUUGCAGUUACUUGGAUUACUGCUUUCGUUAUGGUUAUAGUACACGACAGAGUACCUGAUAUGGAAAAAUAUCCUCCUCUUCCAGAUAUAUUUUUAGAUAACGUUCCUCUAAUUCCUUGGGCUUUCGAUAUGUGCGAGAUAACAGGCACAUUACUGUUUACCAUGUGGCUCAUCGUAUUAAUUUUUCACAAAUAUAGAUUCAUCUUAAUGAGAAGAUUUUUCGCCCUUUCCGGGACGGUUUUCCUUUUACGUUGUGUUACAAUGUUGAUAACUUCCUUAAGCGUCCCAGGUUCUCAUUUACAGUGCCAACCUCGGUUCUAUACGACCCAAGCGAACGGAAUUUUCGCUGAUUUGGCUAGAAAAUUAUCCCAAGCGUUCGUGAUUUGGAGAGGCGCUGGUUUAUCCAUAAGAGGUGUAAGAACUUGUGGUGAUUACAUGUUCAGUGGACAUACAGUUGCGUUAACAAUGUUAAAUUUUUUUAUUACCGAAUAUACCCCAAGACAUAUUUAUUACCUCCACACUCUCUCCUGGAUGAUGAAUAUGUUCGGGAUAUUUUUCAUAUUAGCUGCUCACGAGCAUUAUUCCAUUGAUGUCUUUGUAGCUUUCUAUAUUUCUAGUAGAUUGUUUUUGUAUUAUCACACUUUAUCUAAUAACCAGGCUUUGAUGCAAAGGGAUUCCACAAGGACUCGUGUUUGGUUUCCACUUUUUUCAUAUUUUGAAUCUAGCGUCGAAGGUAUAAUUCCAAACGAAUACGAAUCGCCGAAACAAAUAGCUGGAAAUAUUGUUAAAUUUAUACACGGAUUAUUUUUCGAUGUCAAAAGGCAGAUAUCUCAAUCGUUUAGGUCUGCGCCCUUUCAAGGAACGUCGGUGAAAAGGAGUCGGACUGCCUUGGAUAAUAAUAGAAAUUCGAAAACUAAUAGCAAAACAAGUAUUAACACAGAGGACAGUAAGAAUAAGUAAUUUUUUUUUAAAACGGAACAACUAAAGGGACAUUCAGCCUAUUAAUUAAUUUAAUAUUAAUUUGAAAAAAAAAAUGAAAAAGAGAGAAUUUUGACUUAACCUUGCCCCUACUAAAUGUCUUUACUACCUUCCAAAUUUUUUUUUAUUAAUAUAUUUACAUAUUUACCUUAACAAGGUUUGAUGUAUCUAGACCGUUAUCGAAUAAUUCUUUGUCUUAUUAUCUAAUUCAGAAUCGCAUUUCUAAUAUACAGGAUGUUCUGGUCAAUGUGAAUGGUAUUUUCUAAAGUCUUUAGUGCCUUGGAUUGAAACCUUCGAAUUAUGUUAACCGAUAUCGAUUUGGCACAUCCCCAAAUUUGGAUUCCUUAUUACCAUAAGGGUUUAAGGACAGUUUUAUAGAUUAGAAGGUUGCUGGUUAUUUAAAAUUUCAAUUUUCAUCCUAUGAGCUUAUAUUUUCGACGAAAAUUGAUGUCUGAAUGUUUUCUUUUAGUCUAGGUACUUCAUUUCGAUAACAUUGUAAUUAUUCGAAUAGGUUUCGUUGGAAAUUUUAGUUAAUUGGCACAAUAUCAACAAUUUUUGUCUCAAUUACUAAUUAAAGUGAUAUUUAUAGAUCAUGUGAUUAAAUACUUAAUAUUUGGGAUCAUAUAAACUUCGAAUCGAAAACUACAUGAUUUUAUGUCCUUCUAAUCUUAUUUAAUUGUAUGUGAUCAUUUUUCUGCCCAAAAACUUAAUUUGGUUCUUUGUAUAGGCGUAUAGUGAUAAAAUAUCUUAUAAUUUCCAAAUUUUUUAAAAAAAUAGUGAAAAAAACUGGUAAACCAAAAAUUGAUAACACUGCCAGCUUCUAUAAUAUACUAAAAUUUUUUUACUUCAAAUUCUGAUUAAACAGCAUCAUCUUCAGAAUGUUUUAAUCGCUUAGAAAUAAAAUUUUGGAUGAAGUUGUUUCGGCUGGACACUCUGUAUACUUGAGUAGUGACUAUUCGUACACAAAUUAGGAAUUUGUCUUCAUCUUCCUCUUAGAAUGGUAAUUUAGAAAUUUCUUAUUAAGUAAGUUAUUUAUACCGGUUUAAAAAUAUUGAUUACUCAUUUUUUGUUGCAGUUUUUCUUCUUUUGACUGGGUUUCGUAAGAGUGGCUUGUAACCUAAUCCGAUACAAUUUCAUAUCUAUUGUGAUUCUCUAAAUAUAGAGUAUCUAUCAGAUUAGAGACCGAAUCUUUAAUGCGGUACCUUGCUAGGGCUUCCCUGUCUAGUACUUGGAAUCUCAGUGACCCAAAAUGUGCUCCGCUGGUACUUGCAGUUCAUAGAAUCUCCACUUUCAAUGUUAGUAUCUUUUUACAAACAGUUUUGAUAAUUUUUGUCAACAAAUCUGUUAUGACUAUUGGCAAUUGUAAUUAAAACUGUUUCACUUGUCUGUAACCAGGUUCCGGUUCCAUAAUUGGCAUUAACGGAGCAUCUUUGGUUAUAGUUCCCAAUUACAUCUUAGUACCUUCCAGUAGGUUAUAUCCAUCUAAGAUUCCACAGAAUUUAUCUAAGGGCUCCUCUAGGAACCACUUCAAUCUUGUUAACCCGGUUCCGGUUCCACAAUUGGCAUUAAUGCAGCCUCUUUGGUCAUUUAUAUGUUAUAUCCAUCCAUCAAAAUUAUGAUUUUGAAUUCAUUCGAGAUAUUGUUCUCUUGUGUAGAUUGUGGGAUGACUUUUUCCAUUUAUUUUCCAAUUGAAUUUGUUCUUACCCAUGUUUGUGGUCAGUACGAAUGAAUAUUUGUAAAAUGUAUACAAAACUUGCUUGUACGAUAAGAAGUUUCCAAAUUAUUGAGCGCCACUGUAUAUUUAAAAAAAAUUGAACUGAGGUAAUGAUUAGACUGUUUAAAUAUUUUAUUUAGAAUGAAUUUUUCUUAUAACCAAAGACUUGCAUCUUGUUAGUUUUGCUUCUACGAAAUGUUGUUUCCAAGAAUAUUUCCACGGUUUUGGUUUUAAUGGAAAAAUUGUAUUUCCAAGUGUCAUAUUUUAAAUAAAAUACGUUUUGUGGAAAUGAUUCUUGGAUUGUAAAUGUUGCAGGGACCAUUUAUAUAUAUUAAAUAAAAAUUAGGGUUAAUCUUCCAUUUUAAUCUAGUUUCUUUUUCCAAAAAUGAUAAUUUUGAAAAAAGUAUACCUUCCAAAGUUUAAUUUAUUAGAUAUUUAUAGAACGUUUAGGUCAAAUUGUAAAUUAUUUAUUUAUAUGUCCAUAUUAUUGUUAAAUUUACAAGUUUGAUUUGAUUUUUGAAUAAAAAUAUUGAAAUGUUGGAGAUUUUUUUU